AAAAAAAAAAAAGAAAAGAAAAGAAAAAGUGUUAGAAUCUAUUCCAUUUUCCUUUAUUUUAUCAUUCUAGUUUGUUGAACUAUAACAAUACAAAAAGUGGUCUAUUAACAAAAGAACAGUCAUUGAUAAGAAGGAUCUCAAAUCAUUGCAAACCCACACUUGGACAUGGUUAAAAAUAUUUGAACAAUAUACAAGUCUAGCAUUUGAAGUUCAUACAAAUAUUUAUCUUUUUUAAAGUUGUAUCUAUGACGAGGCUAAUGCUUAGUGAUUGCUAAAUGAAUAGAUGAUAAAGUUAUUAGGAUAAUAUCAUGUUCUAACUAAGUACCUAAUAAUUUUAUAUAAAAAUUGAGUUAGUGAUUCAGACAACAAACCUAAAAUACUCUGAAGAUACAUCACUGCAAACCUCAAUAUUUUAAAGAAUUUCCCAAAAUUUCAAUCAACAUCAAAAAAUUUGAUGACAUUAUUGAAGUUUCCAAAUUAAGCUAAUUUGCUUGUCCCUUUCAAUAGUUUUGUUAUUCCUUUGGUCCUCCUCCUUACCCCUCCAUUAUUGAAAAGCGUGCCCCAAUCUAUACGGUUACGCAAAACUUCCUAUUUACAAAGUCCGCUUUCUUUACAACUCUUGGUUCCAUUCAAAACUAUUGUCAAACACGUCCGAAAGCAGCUUAGAUCAACGCAACCGCCUCAUAAAGAGAAGAAAAAAAAAGAUUGUAACAGUGACGAUUGGAAAUUCGAUAUAUAUAUAUAUAUAUAUUCCAAAUUUAGAAGAUUUUUUUGUACAUGUUUUCACAUAGAAUUAUUAUCGGAAUUUCGCAUUGAGGGGUGGAAUCAAAUUGGGAAAGUUUUGAUUUUUAGUACGUGAUUUACGAUGGCCAGCGCCGCCGGCGGCGACCAUCGGAGCGCUCGAGAGAUUAUAUGCGAUGCUGGCGCCGGUGCCGCGGCAGGUGCAAUAGCUGCUACGUUUGUAUGUCCAUUGGAUGUUAUAAAGACAAGAUUGCAAGUUCAUGGGUUGCCGGAGAUUUGCCAUUCUCGCCAUGGAGGGAGUGUCAUUGUUACAAGCCUACAGCACAUAGUACGAAAUGAAGGUUUUCGGGGAUUGUAUCGGGGCCUUUCGCCCACUUUAGCUGCAUUACUUCCAAACUGGGCGGUCAGUAUCAUAAAAUUGAUAAUGCAACUUAUCAAAAUUUGGACUUAUCUAACAUCCAUUAUUGAAAUAUUCAUGAAAAAUAGCUUAUAAGUGAAUCUUCUGUAAUAUAUGUACAGUCACAUUGCCAGUAAUCCAUGAAGCAUAUGUUGCUUCCAAGUGUAUUUAGAGUGUUGCAAUAUUGACUAAAUAGAUAAUAUGGGAUGUAUGUUUAUGAAAAGAUAAUCUGAUUUAACGUUACCAUCCUGCUAGGAGAACGAGCGCGCUCAAAGUUUUGGGUGAUCCUAAUAAAAUUCAUUGAUUUUACGUGGGUUGAUGGAGGAGAAAGCUGCUUCUUUUUUUAAUAGUUCACUUCUUUUAUCACUUUUUUUUUUUUUUUGGGUAGACUCUGAUAUACAAACUGUAAAAUGUGCUACCAUUAAAUAUUCAAUCUUGUUAGUUGUCAGCUGAUAUACUAGACACAUUCAUUUUUGUAAGAAUAGUUCUGCUAAUUUCCUUUAUCUUAUAACAUUCCAUUAAUAUUAAUUUUAUCAUCCCCUGAUGACUAGAGUUCUCAGUUCCUGUGAUAUGCAGGUAUACUUCACUGUUUAUGGGCAUCUCAAAAGCCUGUUGCAUUCACAUGCAGACAGCAGUGGACAAUUAACGGUUCCUGCUAAUAUGAUAGCUGCUUCUGGUGCUGGAGCAGCAACAGCAAUUGCCGCAAAUCCAUUAUGGGUUGUGAAGACCCGUCUCCAGACCCAGGGAAUGAGGCAGGGAGUAGUUCCUUACGAUGGCAUAAUAUCUGCUUUGAGACGAAUAGUACACGAAGAAGGAUUCAGAGGGUGGUACAGUGGUCUUCUUCCAUCUUUAGCUGGGAUAACUCACGUAGCAAUCCAAUUUCCAGCUUAUGAACAAAUGAAAUCCUACUUGGCAAAAAUGCAUAACAAAAGAUUGGAUCAGCUUAACACUGGGGAAGUUGCCAUUGCCUCUUCUGUAUCUAAAGUUCUUGCAUCUGUAAUGACAUAUCCACACGAGGUAGUCCGUUCAAGAUUGCAAGAGCAAGGACAGUUGAAAAAUCCCGAGAUCUAUUAUUCAGGUGUCAUAGAUUGCAUUAAGAAGAUCCUUGGGAGGGAGGGUUUUCGUGGAUUCUACCGUGGAUGUGCAACCAAUCUUUUGAGGACCACCCCAUCUGCAGUGAUUACAUUUACAACGUAUGAAAUGAUACAUAGGUUUUUGCAGCAUUCUAUUCCUUCAUCAGAGACGCUCAAAAGUAAAUAAACUGAAAGAUAUGAUGAUUAACAACAGUGUUUCACAACAACCUCAAAUUGCAGCUAACACGAGAACCCUUUCUUUUUAACCUUCACUUUCCUAUCAUACGAGGACCUUAUUUGAGAGCUCCUGACAUGCUAAUGUUUAGACAUUAGACACUGAUUGUAUCAUCUCUUAUGCACAGAUUCCACAUAAUUUGUAUCAACUGUAAAACAAAAAACACUUGAUGUUUAGAAUCUUUAGAUGAAGGAACCGAGUAGAAAGGUAACGUAGUUUCAAUGUAUCUGGUUCUUCUGUUUUGAUGAAGUAUCCCUCUUGAGUGCGUGUUUGUUCA